AUGGGUGCUUCGGGAAGAUGGUUUAAAUCACUUUUUUCUCACAGAAAGACCUCAAGCUCAACAAUUGAUCAAGAGAAGGGUAGUGAUAAAAAAAGCAAGAAGUGGAAGCUAUGGAGGAACCAUUCAGAAGUGUCGUCCAUCUCCACCUCUUCCACCACGAAGAAGGGUGGUGCUGCUGUAUCGGAUUCUUCUUCGCUGAAUUCUGCGGUGGCUGUGGUGGUCAGAGCUCCACCCAAAGAUUUCAUGGUCAUCAAGCAGGAAUGGGCUGCCAUACGCAUUCAGGCUGUGUUUCGAGCCUUCUUGGCUAGACGAGCUUUCAGGGCCUUGAGGGCAGUGGUAAGGCUGCAAGCUAUAUUUCGUGGCCGGCAAGUCAGAAAGCAAGCAGCUGUUACUCUAAAGUGCAUGCAGGCUCUUGUUCGAGUGCAGGCACGUGUAAGGGCAAGGAAUGUGAGAAAGUCUCCAGAAGGGAAAGCAGUGCAGAAAUUAUUAGAUGAGUAUCGUAACCAGGCUGAUCCUGUUAAGCAGAUUGAGCAAGGAUGGUGUGACAUUCCUGGAACUGUGGAUGAAGUUAAAGCAAAGCUAAGAAUGAGGCAAGAAGGAGCCAUUAAGAGGGAUAGAGCAAUGGCAUACUCUUUCUCCACACAGCAAUCAAGACUGAGUGCUAGUCCAAACAUGAAAGCCAUUAAAGCAGUGACUCGUCUCAAGCAUCACAGCCUAGACAAUAAGAGCUUAGGAUGUAGCUUGUUAGAACGCUGGAUGGAGGCCAAGCCAUGGGAGAGUCCAAUGUCCAGAAAAAGCGAAGACCUUGUUCCUCCCUUUCAAUCAAGAAGGAAUGGUGUGACAACUAGGAUUUCAGUUAAACCUCUUGCAGCAUUUCAAUCAACUCCAUCAUCUUCGGCCAUAAGCUCUGAAUGCAUGUAUGAUGAUAGCCCUGGAUCAACAUCAUGUACAUCUGAAUCUCCAUAUCUGCCAUCCGCCAAUAAUGUCAUGGCAGCAGCAACAGAGGGAAGAGAUGUUCAUCAACCAAGCUACAUGAAUUUGACAGAAUCAACUAAGGCUAAACUGAAAGCUAGCAGGUGUUCUUCACAGAAUGCGAAGAGACUCGUAAUGGAGGAUUGCCUGUCUCAUAGCACCACAACAGCAUUUCUGAAUGAAGAUACUAGAAGCAGUUCUGGUUCUGAUCCUUCAGUUAAUUUAUGGAAGGAUCUUUGUGCAACACCUCUAAGGGCAAGUUAUCAAAAACGAUAUGCUGGAAGAUAAAGAGUUUCCAUAACAUUGGCAGCCUAAUGUGUCUACUUUCACAAUG